AUGACCAGGAUCUGCAGCGGAUUUUGUGGAGGGACUGUGUGCACCUUCAAGCUCACCACGGUGACGUACGGAACGGCGUCGGCGCCCUACCUGGCCACGAAAUGCUUGCGCACGGUCGGAGAAGAGGUGGAAACCACACAUCCGCUGGCGGCGAAGACCAUCAAGCAUGACUUUUAUGUCGACGAUAUGCUCUCGGGAGCCGACUCGAUCGAGGAAGCGCAGAAGCUGGUUGGAGAUACCAGCGAGCGGCUGAUGGCGGCCGGGUUCUUGCUCAGGAAGUGGCGAAGCAGCGACAACGCCGUGCUGGAAGCCAUCCCCGAGGAGCUGCGAGACGAAGGAGGUGCGAAAGAGUUGGAUUCGUCGACUGCCGCCGUGAAGACGCUGGGUCUGUUGUGGGACUCGAGCAGCGAUGAGUUCAAGUUCAAAACGCCAACGUGGAAUGCCGCUACGGUGUUCACGAAGCAGACGGUGCUGUCAGACACAGCACGCAUUUUCGAUCCCGUUGGACUGGUCGGACCAGUUGUUGUGAUCGCCAAGAUCUUCCUCCAGAAGCUGUGGAAGAAAGGAAUCGAUUGUAAAGAGCCGUUGCCAGAAAAUCUUGUGCAGAUUUGGGAGGAGUUUCGACGAAACAUGAUGAGCUUCGACAACAUCACUGUGCCACGUUGGGUUGGUUUCAGCCUGCACACCUGGAGCAACGGCGGCGUGUCGGUCAACCUGCUGACGUCGAAGACUAAGGUGGCGCCGAUGACCGACUUGAAGCGACGAACCAAGGAGGAGACGAUCCCGCGACUGGAGUGCUCGUCAGGACUGCUGAUGUGCCACUUGCUGCAGAAGAUACGCCCACUGUUUCCGGUCGACAUCGAGAUCCAUCUGUGGACGGAUUCGAUGGUCGUAAUGAGCUGGCUGGCGUCCGCACCAUCUCGCUGGAAUCCAUUUGUGGCAAAUCGUGUGUCGGAGAUGCAGCACCUGAGCAAAGGUUGUGUCUGGCACCACGUACCAGGUGUGGAAAACCCGGCGGAUCUGCUCUCGCGAGGCAUGAUCCCAGCAUUGCUCGCGUACGCAUCGCUGUGGUGGAUUGGACCCACAUGGCUGUGCCUAAGUCCAGACAAGUGGCCACAGACGAGAAACCCCACGCAGGAGGAGUUGGAAACUGCACUGCUGGAGCAGAGAGCGUCGUACGCCUGCACUGUCCAGAUUCUUCAGCCGGAGCAGCUGUUCACGCGCUAUUCGUCGUUGUUUGCGCUGAUUCGAGUCACCGCGCUUUGCCGCAGAUUCGCUCACAACGCUCGACCUGCCAACCGUGAGUGCCGAAAGAGCGGGUACAUCACGCACCCCGAGCACGAAGCGGCACUGCUGGAGCUGGUGAAGCUGGCGCAGAAGGAAUGCUUCCCGCAUGAGCUCGCAGAUCUGGAAAAGAAGGGAGAAGUUAACGAGACUUCGAAGUUGAACGCGCUCAAUCCAAGGCUCGUGGAGGGCGUAAUACUGGUUGGCGGCCGGCUGCGAAACGCUGCAGUUUCCGCUGGGAGAAAGCAUCCGAUGAUUUUGGACAACCACCAUCCGCUAACUAAGCUGAUUCUACAGCACUACCACCACAAGUACUGGACUUCAGCUGCUGAUUUCUAG